CCAAUAAAAAAAAUUCAAGUGGUUUAUUAGAAUCAGGACCAAAGCAAUUGUUAUUUGCUGUAUCGUUCUAUACAAAAUACUUUAAAAUAAAAUUUAAAAAUAACCAUUUGUAGACGUGCCAACAUAGUGAUAAUACAAGUGUAAGAUUUUUUUUAGUCUAAAGAUGGCGGCCUCAGCAGCGAGGGGUGCUGUGGCGCUGCGUAGAAAUAUCGAUCAGUCGGUUGCUUUUGUGAGAAAAAUUCCUUGGACUGCGGCGUCGAGUCAGCUGAAAGAAUACUUUGCACAGUUUGGCCGUGUAAAAAGGUGUAUUGUACCUUUUGACAAGGAGACUGGCUUUCACAGAGGUUUGGGCUGGGUUCAGUUUUCGUCAGAAGAAGAACUUCAGAAUGCACUACAACAGGAAUAUCAUAUUAUAGAUGGAGUAAAGGUCCAGGUUCAGGCUAAAAGGCCAAAAGUUCUGCAAACAUCUGAUGAUGAAGAGAAAGAUUUGUGAGACCGCAGCCUAUUAAUAAAGUUAACAUAACUGAGAAAAAAAAAA